UCUUCUUUUGACGACGAAAUUGACCGACGGCACGAAAAAUUUCGCCAACACUGUGCAUGAUGGAGAGGAUGGAGGAGGCUGCUGCGAAAGAAAUCACCGAUGAAGUCGACGAUUUAAUACGAAUUGUGGAAGAUCUGAAAAUCAGAUCCGUCGUGCCGAGUUUGCUGGAGUCGUCCUUCUCUAAACUGCUGGAACUGAAAAGCCGGCUGAGACGGGAAGAAGUAUCGAGGGAGACCGCGAACAAAGAAGUUCUACAGGACUUGGCAAAGAUUGUUCUGGAUGUCACAUACUGCCGAGAAAACAGACUUGCUGACAACGAUUUUUCAGACAGUGAUUCUCUAGAACGAGUCCAUGCCAUAAUCCGUAGCCUGGAACAUGUUGAAAACAUCACUAAGCACAUGGGCUUCAGCACGGUGGUAGAAGGCCUCGGCGAGGAGCUUGCAGAGUGCAUAGAAUGGCGGAAGGGAGGACUAGUCUACAUGUUCUGCCAGAGCAAGGAGGGGGACGACGACCACAGUUGGCUAACGGCCAACCAGGAAACUUUUUUUGCUCUGCUGCAGCAAGGUGUGCACCACCUCACGGCAAUGCUCAAUGUUCGUCGCCCACUGAGCGCCGAAGAUGUCACAGUGCUGUCUGGCCAGACGGACGUGCUGGAACUCCUGGAGAAAGGCAUCUACAGUGAUGUACAUGCACUGUCGCUGAUGUACGCCGGCGAGAUGUGCUACUGGCUGGUGACGUACUCAAAGCGCUGGGACCGGCCGCUGGAGAUGGCGCAUGCAUUGCCACUUGGCAAGCGGCUGCUACAGGACUACAUCAGUGCUGUCGAGGGUCCCCUGCAGGGCGCGGGCUGGAACUGCACCCGUGCCCGGCAGCUUCUGGCACAACUGGGUGAGGUGGAGCAGUGCUGAAGUGCAGCCGGUGCCUGGUGAAGCCGACACAAAGCCAGACCAAAGACAAAGCCCGGACGGGGAGUGAGAUUGACGGACAUUCUUGUCGGGCGGAAGGAGCGUCAUCAAGUUAACCUUUUCUGUAUAGUUCCCGAACUUCUUGCGAACUUUCGCACUGUCAUCAGCGGGACCACGAUGGAGAAUGUGUUCCAGUAGCUGGGAACAUUUGCUGCUUUGGGCACUAGCUAGCAGGCCUGUUUCGGUAGUACUAUCUAGCUAGCUAGCAAAGCUCCAUUGUUUUGUGUGAGCUAACCAUCAAAAGGCAGCUGACUGCAAUAGUUUAACCAUGACUGUCGAACCCUUCAGACAGUUUAGUUGGAUUCUUAUUCUCUGCAUUAGCCCUGUUCACUCACGCUCUGUUGUUUGUGUGUUAGAUAGACUGGUUUCAUGCCCUUUCAA